ACUUGCCUUCACUGCAGGGAUGUUAAACAAUAAAUUUUUCAUUAUAUUCACAGCUAUUAUAAUCGAAGCGUUUCGAAUGAAUUUAUACUGAUUUGCUGCAGUUGAGGAGUAUGUGCAUGUAAAUUUAUGAAUUUGAAUUCAAAAUCAAAUAGUGAAAAUAUAUUUCAGUUAGCGAGUGAAUUUUAAACAGAAUUGUUAUGUAGUGCCAAAGCAUAGAAAAAUGAUUGGAAAUAUUUUUCAGCGAAUUUUCAUAAGCUGUUUAUUAUACCGCUAUGCAUUUUCACAGAACACAGACAUCCACGUUUUUAGAACGGAUUAUGACGAGUUCAUAAUAUUCAACAAAGCCACGGAAACCUGGAAGGAUGCACGCGAUAUAUGCCGUGAGCACACAGCCAAUUUGGUCUCACUCGAGUCACAGCGAAAGCUCAUAGCUUUGCAUAUGUUUUUAUUUGCCAACGAUUUCUUCCAAACAACGGUUAAUAAGGCAGAUCGUGCUUUUAUAUAUUGGAGCGGUGGCAACGAUCUAACACAGCCAGGUACUUAUGAGUGGGAGGGCACGGGCAAGGCAUUUAGUUAUACACACUGGCUAAAUGAGCAACCGGUGCAUAUUGAAAGCGGCGGCUGUAUACAAUUCGGCGAUGGUGGUUUUGGACGUUGGUCCAUAGAAAAUUGCGAUACUAAACGGUUAUUUGUUUGUGAGCGUAUGAAAGAUUAAUUAUAAAAAAUAUUUAUUUCUUUUUUUUCUAAUUUUCGUACGAGAGGGGGAGUUAACACUUUGUUUUUAGUAAAUUAAAUAUUUAUAAUUAACAUUAUUUCUGAAUUUUUAAAUUAAAUAUUGCUGAAUUAAAAGGAAACCCCGAAAAAAUUGAAAUAUGCGCCCCCUUUCAGCAACUAAAGGCAACGCUAGCUGAAGGAGCGGUUGGGUAGUUGAUUUUUUCAAGUAGUUAAUUGGCUGCGCACAAGUGGCAUAAUGGCCCAGAGAGCAAGCAAGUGGAAUGGUAUGGAAUGCAGCGCAAAUGUAUGCUUACAAGUAAACAAAAAUGCGCAGCGGCGUUGUGGCCGGCUGUGGUCAGCGCUGCCAACGGCACUGGCGCAUAAUAAGCCACGUUGCAGCAGGAGCCGGAAUGAGUGCAGUCGUAGGUGAAGAGCAGUGAAGUGUGGCGGAAGGAAGUGAACUGCAGUGGAUCAGAUUUAUAUGCAUAUAUGCGCAUAUAGCUGUGGGUUUUAAGUAGCGCAUAAAAGUGGGCGGAGGGUAAUAAGGAAUGAGGAAACCGCUUGAGUAUAGGAACUUCAGUAAAUUUAACGCCGUUCGACCGAUUUUGAUAUGCUUAUAUAUAAAAUUCCUAGUUUUAUUGCUGGAUAAACGAUAAUUUAAUUAAAUAAAGCUAAACUUGCUUAGCUUUUCUUACCAAGGAGCUAC